AUGUCACCCCAACCUCCACAGACGCCGCAGGUGAGGAAGAACAUCGUGAAGUUCCUCAAGACUUUCCUGGGAAUCAUCCGGAUCCUGCAGAUUGUUUUCGGAGCCGGACUUUGGGUCACCAUCGCCGCCAACAAAUACGAAGGAUCCAUUCACUUCGUCCUGUUCGUCGCGGUCCUCUUCUGGCUCCUCACCCUCGCUCUCUUCUUCCUCACCCUCCUGGAUAAGCAGGACUUGGUGCCAAUGCUGGGUGGGGAGCGCUGGUUGUGCACCAACUUGGCGCACGACGUGGCCGCCGCCGCGCUCUACGUGCCGGCCAUCGGGGUCAUGAUCUACAAGACGGAUCGCUACUCGUACUGCAACCUGGAGCAGUACGAGCACCCGUGUCUGUACAAGGUCUACCUGACGGCCGCCGUGUUCGCCUGCCUCUGCUGCCUGGCUUACCUGCUGUCUGUUAUUUAUGACGCGUGCAGGAAGUGUCGGGGAGAACAGACGGUCAUCUGAUGGGACUGAUGGCUACAGGGAGGGUGUGAUGAGGUUGGGUGGGGGGGGGGGGGUUAUCCACAGCAAUAUGAUGAAUAGUUAACUUCACUGUAAUUUAACUCAACAUGCUUUUCUCUAUUAUCUCCAGCAUUUCACUUUGAUGAAUGAUACAAACCCAUUCGCCAUCACUCUGUGGCCUUACAGUCAGCCUAUCCAAAGAGAUGCUGACAUGAAAAUGCCAAAGCAGAACCUUUUAUUUUCCCAGAAUGGUACUUUGAUUAGAAAUUGUAGGAGUACUGCAAAGAAUUGAACCAACUUUAAAGGUAGGAGUGCCUUGUGUUUGCCGGGUGUUGUUUUAAGUCAUGCUUCCCAGAAAAUGAAUGUAACAUCCUUUGUAAUAAGCAUUAUGAUCGUCCUAAUGCACCAAAAGUAUAAUAUAGACUACAUCAUUUUGACAGUAUCUAACUUCUUUAGAUGUUUGUUUUUAAUCCAAUACUGGCCUCACUAUCUGCAUCCAAUACAGCCUCAAAUGUAGAAUCUGGUAUCAGACAGUAUGCAGCUAAAUGCACCCACCAUAAUAUAUUAGCAUCACCGAAAAUCCAUGUGAAUUUUCAUGCAAUGGUACAAAAAAUUGUGCAAUUCUUGCAAAGAGCGAAUUAUUCGUCGAAGCUAGCAAAAUGUCAGGAGUCAUUGUAAUUCCACCAUUUUUAAAUUUGGCUGGUAUCAGAAGGGUACUAGGUAUGGACUUAAUGUAAAGUCAAUAUCAGAAAAAGUAUUGGAAGAUCUUUUUUUGUGUUGACAUUGAGAUAGCAAAGCAGAUCCUCGUUCAGUGGCCUAAAACUAUUAAGGAUAUGAAUCUGAUUGGAAUUGUGUUAGGAGGAGAAAGUAUUAAGGAUAUUUAUAUAGGCAUAAGUGUUUGUCUAAAUGUCUCGAUGAAGUCAUGUCUCAGUCCCUUAAUGGUUUUUCUAAUAGUUUAGCAUAACCUCCCCUAACAAAAAGCUUUAGAAUAUCUACGUGGACUUUUUAUAAUGUGCUAAAGCAAAUGUAAAGUUUACACCACACUGCUCCCUUAAAAUCCUUUUAUACAUUUGUGUUGGUAACUAUCUGUAUUAAAAGUUUCACAGGAUCAGGGUUUUUUUUUUCUUUUACAAGGGGUUCUUUUUUUCAUCACCUUUUUUUAAAGUAUAUAUUUUUAUGUAUUUACAUGUUUUUCUAACUAUACUGAAAAGCUACCAAAGCGUGAUGGUCUACAACACUUCACGGUGUUAUUCUGUCUGGCUAAAAAAAAGGUUGCAAAAAAAAAGUUUUAUCCAGUGCCUUCUGUCAAAGUGCUGUUUACAUUUAGAAGGUUGUUUGGAUUGUUUUGAUUGGUGCUACAAUGUGUAUGCUGAACAAACAUAAACCUUUGAGUGUUCAUUAUGUCAAACCAAAGAGCAAAAACAUGCAAGAAUAAAGACCAGAAAGUGAAA